UCGUGAGAGUGUGACUACCCGGUGCAUCCCGUAGUGCAUCUAGCUGUGCCGCGGUAGUCAGGUCGCCGGCCGUCGUCGUGUGGUCGUCAGUGCGCGACGAUGCUACGCGCGGUGCUCACGCUCGCGGCGCUGGCUGCCGUCUCCGCGCAGCCCUCGUCCCCGUGGGUGGAGGUGGAGGUGUCGGAGGCGGGCUCGGCGGAGGCGGUGGAGCAGCGGUCCAGCGUGGAGCUGCGCGCCCGACUCCGAGACACCCAGGCCGAGGCGCUGCUGCUGUACACCGAGUACUCCGCGCGCACCGGCGGCGACCUCAAGACCUUCUUCGCCAACAUGACCGGCUUCAAGGAGGAGGUGGUGCGAGGGAUCGGCCGCGAGUAUGACAGUGCGCCGGCGACCUGUCGCGCGUCGCUGACGGCGCGGCUGCAGCGGCUGCAAUACGACGCGCAGCGCGCCGCCUCCUUCAGCGCCGAGAACCACCACAAGUUCCUGCUGGGACACAUGGUCGUGCUCAGGAUGCAUCUCAACAAGAGUGAAGAGUAUAUCAAGAAGUGUGAACGAGCAGUCAGCAAUUGUGGAAUUCACUGCGAAACGACUCCCAAGGUCUCCCGCUGGCGGCGCCACGCAUACGGCGAGCUGUCCCGCGCGCGUGAGGACCUGCUGCACGCACGGCGCUGCUUCCGCGACCUCGCCACGCACGCGCGCCGCAAGCUGCACGCCACGCGCCGCGCCGCCGCGCGCCGGGCCAGUGAAGCUGUGGAGGAGAUGCGCAAGUGUAGGGCUGAGGGGUAGGGCAUGGUGGAAUAUUACAGCAACAGCACCGGUUUUAAGAAUGCUACUAAUAUUUUCCGUAUAAGAGGCUGCUCUUGAUUGUAGAAAUACAUGUUUUGGAGAGUGGUAGCCGGUGUCGGAAGCUCUCUGUAACUUUGUAUUUCGUUAUGAAAGAGUAGCCCUGCAGGAGGGUUAGUCUAGCUUACGAAAUUAAGAGUUUAGGAGAGCUGCUGCGUUAGCCACGCCACGACUUUGUCUCGUUGCAUUAUUCGUACUGGUUGGCUGCUUCUUCUCGUAACAUCGAGUAACCUUCUGGGUUUCGGUAACUUUACGUAUGCUUUAUCCUACUGUUUUGAUUGUUUUUCUAACGCGUUACCGGUGAUGAAAAACCUUUG